GGCAAGGAGUGGAAUGAGAGCUGAACAUACUGGGACCCAGGCUAAGGUAUUGUCCCUGGGAAUAUUACACAAUGUGUCCCAUUUCCCCCACUCCCUGAUAACCAGUGUAUAAAUGCCUAGCUUACAGGUGGGUUCCAGCAGUCAGCAUCAACAUUUGGUUGUGUUCCCUGUUUCUGCCCCUGUAUAAGUAACUAGUGUUGAUGAGGAUGAUCCUGAUAGCUCUGCUGGUUCCUCUACUGGUUCUGUCCAGCGCUGGACAUACCUCAGGAACGAUUGUCACCAGCUGCGAGGCGUGUCACGAACAAGCCGUCUGCCGCACCUCGCCCAUGGCAGGUGACAUCACAUGCACCUGUAAGAAGGGCUUCUCCGGAGACGGCCUCAUCUGCUUACCCAGCCACACCGCCACUGACGACCACCAUGCCCCUCGCCGUGUCCGCCGCUCCUACACCACCUCCAACACCAACCUUGCCCAUGUCCGGUUCAGCUGUGGCUUUUAUGAGUGCGCUGAUGGGGAGGACUGCAUCACGGUCGACGGCAUCCAGCAGUGCGCCAACCCCUGCAAGAUCUACACGGUCCUGAACGACGCCUGGCGUUCCACCAACAACGACGUGGGCAACAAACACUGCGACCGCAAUGUGAACUGGGACGGCUAUUACCGCAUGUUCAUCGGCAACCAGAGCGUGUCCAUGCCGGACAAGUGUGUGGAUUCGUUCAAGUGCGGCACCCAGGCUCCCUUGUGGCUGGCGUUUCCUCCUCCCCAGCAGGUGGAUGAGAUUGUCCAGAGUGCAGUCUGCGCCAGCUUCAAUGAGGACUGCUGCUGGGUGCAGUCUCAGCCCAUCCACGUCAAGGCAUGCCCUGGGAACUACUUUGUGUACAAGUUCGUCAUGCCUCCUGGGUGCUACUUUGCCUAUUGUGCAUAUGUGUCAGCUCUCACCACAACACCAAAACCAGUCACAACUACAGAAAUACCACUAGAGAACAAUCGCACCACAACAACAACGCAGUCACAGGUUGCCACGACUACGCCAAAAGCAAUGUGUGGUACCUGCAGAGCAGGGGAGACCUGUGUGAACACCGAUGGGGUCACAUGGCGGUGUGAGAGGCCAGAUCAGCCUGUUUUGCUGCACCCAGAGGUGGUGUGUGGGCGGAGCCUGGUACAGGUGGGUCUCAACAGGAGUAACCUAGAGGCCGCUGGUCUGGACGCCACCACCGCUAACCUGGCCGACCCCCGGUGCAAUGCUCACGAAGAGCGUGACGGCAUGGUUUGGUACCAGGUGGAGCGCAAGGAGGGCGCCUGCGGAAACACUCUGGAGACAAACGGAACUGACGCCAUCUUUUCCAACAGUUUAUUCAUCUACCACAUUGACGACGUGUCCUUCAGCCGACCCGUGAGCGUACCUUUCUCCUGUGCCUACCCUCUGGAAUCAGAGACCAGCCUGGAUGUGGCCAUCAAACCCUACCUGUCGCUGAAGGAUUCCAAAGUCAGUAAGGGCUCCAAAGUGGGCUCCAACAUGACUCUGUACCACAGCGACAACUUCACAAAGGCUUACCCAGCGGGCGUAGUCACCUUGCCGGUGGGUUCCGUGCUGCACGUGGGUGUGUCCGUAGAGGAGUCCGAGACGGAGCGUUUUGUGGUCGUUCUGGAGGACUGCUAUGCCACGCAAUCCCCCGACCCUGAGGACAUCAUGCGAUACUACAUCAUUCAGAACAAAUGUCCGACUGAAUUCCGUCAGGUGAGGGUGGAGGAGAGUGGCUCGUCCCUCAGGGCUCGCUUCUCUGCUCUGCUGUUCCUGUACCAGGGGGACUACCGGGACGUAUUCCUGCACUGCAGACUCAGCCUUUGUGACCAGAGGAGCUCCUCCUGCACUCCAGUUUGCGCCAAAAGGAAAUACCGCUCUGUCACCCCCUCCGUUCCCCUCGAACCCCUCACCAUCGGACCAAUCACCUGGUCCCAAAAUGAAGUUUGAACUUCAUGAAUCCCUGUCAUGCUUCCUGCAUCCUAAAUAAUGAAUCCAGUUAUAAAUAAUGAUCUUUUAAGGCUAUUUUUAUAUUUCUCGUAUGGCUAGAAUAAUUAGUAAAAUAUUUAUAAUUGAACCAACACAAAUUCAUUGAUUAACCUUUAACUAAGGCGUGAGGCCAGAAAGUGUAUGUGCUGGCCACUAACGUUUGAAACGUGAAAAUAAAUAGACAUAUAGUUGGGAUUAUGGCAACACAAACAUCUCCCUUUUCUAGUUUACUUCUAUUUCAAAUAAAAUAUUAUUUAAUCCUAUUACUCUAAAAUGCUUUGUAUGUGCAGUAAUUUAAUAUUGUUAUUAAAGAUGAUACAUGUAUGUAUCAAUGUAUUAAUGUUCAAAUAAUGUACUGUGGAUAUAGUGUACUAUUGCUCUAAAAUACUUUAAAUGUGCAGUAAUUUAAUAGUGUUAAUAAAAUAUAAAUGAUAAAUAUA